AUGAAAUGUGGGGUAAAUUUGUUAAAACUCGAAUUGAAAAUACAGGAUCAUGCCACAGGGAUGGGGUUAGAGAACAUAUUGGCGAGGAAGAGGUUGGAGAGGGAGUGGGAGGCGAGUAACAUGGUAAAAAUGGGUGAGGUAGACGGAGUUCUGCGAGAACUUCUGAAAACCAUUUCUAACUUCUAUUCAAACAAGUCUAAUGUGUCAGCGGGUGUUGUUGUUGGAGAUACCAUUCCAAGAACAAUGGGAAAUGGUGUUUUUCUGAUAGAAGAGAUGGGAUACUGUCAAAAAGGCUGCUCUCUGAUCUAA